AAAAUUUUUUUCUUGAGGUGCUGGGGAAUUGGUUUGUGCACACUAGACGUAUAUUCCAUUACUGAGCUACACUCCCAGGCCCAUCAUAAAACUCAGAAUGCAUGCCUCGCCUGUCAUAACUCCCCUUGAAAAGCUACUUUAGUCUUAUGACCUAUUGAAACAAAAUAAGCUGAAAGUGGUCACAAAAGCUGUCUUAUCUCACCUCCCUGAAAUCCACUGACUGUUCAACAUUAAGAUAAAUAAAGAGCUAGGCAUGGUGGCACGCCUUUAAUCCCUGGGGCGGGGGGCGGGGCAGAACAGGCAGAUCUCUGGGAUAGCGAGGUCUAGGCCAGCUGGGAUUAUAGGGAGAUCCUGUCUCAAAAAGAAUUAGUAAAGACUCAGCAACAGAAAUGAAAUUAAUGCAUAAGAACAAGGGUAUGGAGGGGAUUUUAUAACUUUGCAACAGGAAGUGCAUUACUGUUACUGUAUAGUCACUGCCUCUUCCUUGACUCCUCAGGCUUGACGCAUGCCUAGAGCUCUUGAUCAGAACAGGAAGACUGCCAGAGGCUGCCUUCCUGGCCCGAACAGCCAGGUUUCAAGGGUAGUGAAACUUUGGAGGGAGAAUCUCUCAAAAGUCAACCAGAAAGCAGCAGAAUCCCUUGCUGAUCCAACAGAGUACGAAAACCUUUUCCCUGGGUUAAAGGAAGCCUUUGUUGUUGAAGAAUGGGUGAAGGAGACACGUGCUGAUCUGUGGCCAGCCAAGCAGUACCCUCUUGUCACGCCAAAUGAAGAGAGAAAUGUUAUGGAGGAGGCAGAAGGCUUCCAGCCCACAAAAAUGUCAGCUCAGCAGGAAACCGACGAGAAACCUGCUUCUCCCACUCCAGUUAUGGCCUCCCAAACUGCCCACAAAGAAGAAAAGAGCUUACUAGAACUAGACGUUGAUUUGGAUAAUUUGGAAUUAGAAGAUAUUGAUACAACAGACAUCAAUCUGGAUGAAGAUAUUCUGGAUGACUGAACGUAGUUUGCCAUGUACUAGAGUAAACAGAUCAUUAUGAUGUAUAGGAGUUGAUCACCACCCUGACCACAGUGCCAGUGCUUGAACUCUGGAAAUUUUUGAUUUGUACAUGUAAACACUGUGGACCAAGGAGAGCACAAUGACUUCCUCACCUUCAGAGUUGAUGGGCAGCUUUAAUCACUGUGUUAACUGAGAGACAUGGGCUUUUUUUUUUUCAUACUGUCAUCAUUACCAUAUCUCAUAAAGUCUUUUAAAUUAA